CUCCAGCGCGCAUGCGUGGGAGUGAAUGCUGGGCUCGGGGAGCGUGUGUAUGUUUCGAGGAGAGCAGCGGCGGCGGCAGCAGCUGGAGGGGGAAGAGCCGAGCCCAGCCCAGCGGAGGAGCGGCGCUUUCGCUGAAGCCUAUCGGAUCCCAGAUGGCCAAUUCCCUGAAUGGCCGGAACCCAGGUGGCCGAGGAGGAAACCCCCGCAAAGGGCGUAUUCUGGGCAUCAUAGAUGCUAUUCAGGAUGCUGUGGGGCCCCCCAAGCAAGCAGCUGCUGACCGCAGAACUGUGGAGAAGACUUGGAAGCUAAUGGACAAAGUGGUCAGACUGUGCCAAAAUCCCAAACUUCAAUUGAAAAACAGCCCACCUUACAUACUUGACAUUUUACCAGACACUUAUCAACAUUUGCGACUUAUACUGGGCAACUGUGACGACAACCAGAAACUUGCACAACUCAGUGAGAAUGAAUAUUUUAAAAUCUACAUUGACAGUCUCAUAAAAAAAUCAAAACGGGCUAUAAGACUCUUUAAAGAAGGCAAGGAGCGGAUGUAUGAGGAACAGUCUCAGGACAGGCGAAACCUUACAAAGCUGUCCCUGAUCUUCAGCCACAUGCUGGCAGAAAUCAAAGCAAUCUUUCCUAAUGGCCAAUUCCAGGGUGACAACUUUCGUAUCACAAAAGCAGAUGCUGCAGAGUUCUGGAGAAAAUUUUUUGGAGACAAAACUAUAGUGCCAUGGAAAGUGUUCCGGCAGUGCCUUCAUGAGAUUCAUCAGAUAAGCUCCGGUUUGGAAGCAAUGGCUCUGAAGUCUACCAUUGACUUGACCUGCAAUGACUACAUUUCAAUUUUUGAAUUUGAUAUCUUCACUAGACUAUUUCAGCCUUGGGGUUCAAUCUUAAGGAACUGGAACUUCUUAGCUGUGACACACCCUGGGUAUAUGGCAUUCCUAACAUAUGAUGAAGUCAAAGCAAGGUUACAGAAAUACAGCACCAAACCUGGGAGCUACAUUUUCAGACUGAGUUGCACUCGACUGGGGCAGUGGGCCAUUGGAUACGUAACUGGUGAUGGAAACAUUUUGCAGACUAUACCUCACAAUAAGCCUUUAUUUCAAGCUCUAAUUGAUGGCAGCCGGGAGGGAUUCUAUCUAUACCCAGAUGGACGAAGUUAUAAUCCUGAUCUGACAGGAUUAAAUGAACCUACUCCACAUGAUCACAUAAAAGUUACACAGGAACAAUACGAAUUGUACUGUGAAAUGGGUUCCACUUUCCAGCUGUGUAAAAUCUGUGCAGAGAAUGAUAAAGAUGUGAAGAUUGAGCCUUGUGGACAUCUCAUGUGCACUUCUUGUCUUACAGCAUGGCAGGAAUCCGAUGGUCAGGGCUGUCCUUUCUGCCGAUGUGAAAUCAAAGGAACUGAACCAAUAAUUGUAGACCCUUUUGAUCCAAGGGAUGAAAACUCCAGGUGCUGCAGUAUUAUAGAUAGUUUUAGUAUGCCCAUGCUAGACUUGGAUGAUGAUGAUGACAGAGAAGAAUCUUUAAUGAUGAAUCGGUUGGCUUCAGUACGAAAGUGCAAUGAGAGACAGAAUUCACCAGUGACUUCUCCAGGAUCCUCUCCGCUUGCACAGAGAAGAAAGCCACUUCCAGAGCCCGGGCAAAUUCCCCAUAUUAGUCUUCCACCGGUGCCUCCCCGUCUGGAUCUCAUUCAGAAGGGGGUAGCACGGUCACCUUGUGCCAGCCCUACUGGCUCACCAAAGUCUUCUCCAUGUAUGGUGAGGAAACAAGAUAAACCCCUCCCAGCACCACCACCUCCCUUGCGAGAUCCUCCUCCACCUCCACCUGAGAGACCCCCUCCAAUCCCGCUGGACAACAGGAUAAGUAGACAUUUGCAUCAUCCUGAAAGUGUGCCUUCCAGAGACCAGCCUGUGCCACUUGAAGCCUGGUGCCCCAGAGAUGUGUUUGGGACAAAUCCAUUAAUAGGAUGUCGAAUCCUAAAUGACAAUUCCCCCAAACCAGGACUCACUGCAAGUUCGAAUAUAAAUGGAAGGCACAACCGAAUGGGUUCUGACCCAGGAUUUAUGAGAAAACAUAGACGCCAUGAUUUGCCUUUAGAAGGUGCCAAGGAAUUUUCAAAUGGCCAUCUAGGAAAUGAAGAAUAUGAUGUCCCUCCUCGACUUUCACCCCCUCUCACAGCUGCCUCCAUCCUCCCUAGUAUGAAGUGCGUCAUUCCUGUAACAAAUUCGCUUGCUGAGAAAUCAAGGGAACACGUAGAAGAAGAUGAGUACAAGAUUCCUUCUUCCCAUCCUGUAUCCCUGAGCUCCCAUCCACCUCACUGUCAUAAUAUAAAACUUCAUACUAGGGUGUGCGAGAAUGGUCAUUGUGCUGGUAUAAUGAAUGGAACACACAAUGCUACUUCAGAGAUGAAGAAAUCCAAAACCCCGGAGUUAGGAGAUGCCUUUGACGCAUCCACUGCUCCAGUAUCUUUACCACCUGCACGGCCUCCUACCAGAGACAACCCAAAACACAGCUCUUUGCUCAACAGGACGCCCUCCGAUUAUGAUCUUCUGGUGCCCCCUUUAGGCGAAGAUACGUUUGACAACUCACCACCGUCACUUCCUCCUCCUCCACCACCUCCCGCUCGGCACAGCCUCACUGAGCAUUCCAAACCUCUGGGCUCAGGAAGCAGACCCUCUUCAGGACAUGAACUGUUCCUUCCUCCUUCGGAUCUCUUUUUUGAUCCAGCUACUAGUGUAAUUCCUUUGCCUCCUGCUCGAAGAUUAACAGGGGAAAAUGUCAAAACUAAUAGAACAUCACAGGACUAUGAUCAGCUUCCAUCCUCCUCAGACGGUUCACAAGCACCAGCCAGACCCCCUAAACCACUUCCUCGCAGGACUGCACCAGAAAUCCACCAUAGAAAAGCAUACAACUCUGACACCUCCUUGGAAAAUGUGGAUGCAAAAAUUGCAAAACUUAUGGGAGAGGGCUUUUCCUUUGAAGAAGUGAAGAGGGCACUUGAAAUAGCCCAGAAUAAUGUCGAUGUGGCUCGUAGUAUUUUAAGAGAAUUUGCCUGCUUUCCUCCACCAGUCUCCCCACGUCUCAAUCUAUAGCAGCAUGCAAGUCCCUGCAGCAGAUGAAUUGUGUGUGUAUGUUUAGAACUGAGAGCAAGAGAGAGAAUUUGAGAGAGAAGUUUUCUUCUCUUGUCAUCAUUAGAAGAGGGUCUGUUUCCAGCAGUUUAUCAAAGGAAGACGGCUGCUCUGAUCAAGACUCAUAGAUGGUCUGAGGCUUCUGUAUUUUUGCUAGCCAUACUUUUAAAAUCAGGGUUGAACUGACAAAAUUAUUUUAAGAAGUUUACUUCCCUUGAACUUUGAAUCUGUGAAUUGCUUUUUUUCUUGUUUACAAGUUGGCAAGUUAAGUUUUCUAGUUGACACUUGUACUGUGUUCCUGUUAGAUUCCCUUGUAUGGUGGUCAGUUCAGCUGUAGCAUUUGCAACGUUUUCCAUGCUGACCACCCCAUCACUAAAUCAUUUUUUUCCAGAAGCUCUGUAUUUCCAUUUCUCCUUUUAUAAGAGGCUUUAGUGGUUUUUGCAUUUCAAUUUAUCAAACAAAUGCGCAAAAAAAAAAAGUAUGUGGCCUUCACUACUGAGCGUUUUCUUCUGAUAUUGUUUUGUUAUUGAGAGGAAAAAAUCUGAAUGUAUAAUGCAUUAUUUUUUGUCUAUGAACUGCCUUUUUAAAGGUAUUUUGACAGUGACAUUGGGCAGCUUUUAUUUUUAUUAUGGAUUUUGUGACCUAUAGUCUUCAAGGUCUUGAUCCAUGUAAUUUCCAGUUUUAAAAAAACAAACACAUGCAGUAAUGAAACUAAAGAACAUGACAUGAUAGCUUUUAAAAUGCAAAUGUCGAUGUUGUACUUAAGUUACAUACCAAGGGCACCUGUUGUUCAUGCCUUAAGUAUCCUCAGGCAUACUAAAUAAUGGGGAAUCUCGCUGAAUUAUAUUAAUGAUCAGGUAAAUUACAGUCCUAUCUUCUGAAAAGUGGAUGACACUUAAUUUCCUGUUCGAGUGAUUGUCCUCUGGUUCAUCAUGGCUUUAGGGACCAGUUCAUAUUGACAUGAGUGAUGCACUGUUAAAUCCUAAUGCUACUGUUGGAAUACUUUUUACAAUGUUCUUUAGUAAUCUAUCUGUUCACACUAUUGCAUUAGACUGUGUUUCAUACCCAAAUUCACUCAUUCACUGUCCCUGCAGAGAUGGAAACAUCUUAGAUCUCUUUGUCCUGGAUGGAACAGUGUUACCUCAGUCUGAUUUUUAUUUUUAUUUUUUUUUAAUUUAAAGCAUGGAUUGAUGCAAGCCAAAUCAAGUCCUUUGUUUUUUGUUCUUACUAGAGACUCAAAUUAAGAGUCCAGACUUUCCACAGUAAUUCUCAUAUUGCUGCUUUCCUAUUUUUGUGGAAAACACUGAAAUUCCCCCCCCCCCCCCUUACUGUUGAACAGAUGAACCACGUGGAGGGUAGAGUAGUUUCAGUAUUUUAAAAUAUGGCCAGUACAUGAUCUUUCAAGUUGUGAUAAACUUAGGUUGUGGUAUAUAUUUAUUUCCUUUUUAUCUUUCCGUUUUCUCCUUUACUCAUGGCAAGUUGUAAAAGUUACACCACUUAGAAGAUCAGAUCUCAGCGACAAAUGGAUUUAUUUUAAAGUUUUAUGGACAGCCAAACAUCUCAAGUAAGGAAUUCAAAGUCACUAGAAAACCCGGUGGAAAUUGCCAUUAUCAUAUCAUUUCAUUAACAGCUUAUUCUUUUUUUUUUUAAAGAAAUCAUUCCUUUUCAGGAUCACAAAGCAUGGCAUGAUGGCCAUCAUUAAUCUGUCUUGGUCCAGUGAAACAAAAUGAUCAGAGGUAUUUGAGCUACAGGGAUGAGUUUCUGUUCUAUUUCAAUCUAAGCAAAUGAUUUCAUGUACUAGAAAAGGGCAUUUGCAGCUUCCUUUCAGUAUUCAUUCUUUGGGUAGGGAUAACAAAAGCUUUUGGCUGAAGUUUUACUCAGUAUUCUGUGUUUAAGUAAAUUCCCCCCCCCCCCC